UCCAAUCCUUAUUACGGUUUUCAAAUUCAAUUAGUCUAAUUAGUUUAUCUGCAAACCCGCCUAUCUUCAACAGCACUCGAGUUUUAAUAGCGCGUUAGAAUGAAAAGACAAAGCGUACUUGAAUGCGUUUAACUCACAUUGUGUCAUUGCUAGAAUGAAAACAAGUCUCAUUCUGGCGGCAAGAGGGUAGGCUUGAAGAUGGCAGGAUGGCGCCGGCGAGUUCUAGUCGCUGUCCCCUGGCGGACGGUGCUGAAACAGAGAACGGCCUGGGGCCCGAUCGCCACCAAGAAUUGGCCUACCUCUAUCAUCGUCACCAUGUGGUCAACAAAGUCAAUAUCUGCAUCAAGUACACAAUGAUAGUGUUCAACUUCAUCUUCGCGGUGAUGGGCUCUCUGAUACUGGGGAUCGGGAUCUGGGGGCUCAUUGACAAGGAAUCUCUAGACUUGGACAACAUCAACCAUCUCAGUACAGACCCCAUGCUGGCUUUCGUGAUUGUGGGACUGAUGGUUGGCACAAUGUCCUUCUCAGGAUGUGUCGGGGCACUGAGAGAGAACCAAUGCUUGUUGAAGUUCUUCACUGCGGGGAUCCUGAUAAUAGUGAGUUUGCAGAUAAUCGGCGGGAUGGCGGUUUACGCACUGAGAGAUAGGAUCGAACAGUACCUGGAGAAUGGAAUGAUUCUGGGCGUUAAGAGAUACCAGGAUGAUCUCGAUCUUCGUUUUAUUAUAAACGAAAUUCAAAGAGGGUUAAAGUGUUGCGGGGUCCACUCAUACCACGACUGGGAGCUCAACCUGUAUUUUAACUGCAGCUCCCCGGGCAUCCAUGCAUGUGGACCUCCCCCUUCAUGUUGCAUCAACCCUCAAGAGAAUGGCACGGUCAUCAACUCCCAGUGUGGCUUUGGCACUUUACAUAUGGAGGAAGUGACAGCCCAGAAUUACAUCUAUCUCCAAGGGUGCAUGCCGUGUCUCACCAGCUGGCUUACUGGUAAUGCAGGCUCAAUUGGUGUUUUUGGCGUCGUUCUUAUGAUCGUUCAAGUACUUGGGCUCAUUUUUGCAACAAAGAUACUGAGUGACAUUGAAUUAAUCAAAGCUCAUUGGUAGCAGAGAGAUGCAAAAUAUAUCAACAGUAGAGUGAGAAACGUGUUGAAAACAUGACUGACCUUUUAUGUGCACUGUACAUGGAACUUACAAAAAGUGUGGACAUUAUUGCCCUUGGUUGAGACAAUCUCCAAAAUCCAUUCUAAGUUUUAUUGAAGCAUUACUUAGGUAAUUAGCGAUUGUUAUAAAUGGAAUUAAAUGUGCAG